AUGAUAUUUUUUCUUUCGCCACAUAUUGGAAAGACUCAAAUAGUUAAUCUGCUUGUAGAUCUUCUUGCCCUUGGAAUAGAUACUGUGAAUUUGAUCUUAAACCUCUUUAAAGUAACUUACAAUAUUUUUCCUUCUUCAGUGCCACGUCAAAAUGGAAUCUAUGACUUCAAAAUUGUUGGAGCUGGACCAGCAGGUUGUGUUUUAGCAAAUCGUCUAUCUGAAAAUCCCAAUUGGACAGUUUAUCUACUCGAAGCUGGAGGUAGUGAGAAUUUCCUCCAUGAAGUUCCAGCUUUUGUGUCUGUCUUACAAAAGACAAACUCAAAUUGGGAUUAUAAAUCCGUUCCACAAAAAAACGCCUGUUAUGGAAUGUAUGGCAAAGUUUGUGGCCUUCCUAGAGGAAAAGUCUUGGGUGGAACAAGUUCUAUCAAUUUUAUGAUUUACAAUCGUGGAAAUCGUCGUGAUUUUGAUCGUUGGGCUGAAAAUGGAAAUAUAGGUUGGUCUUAUAAUGAAGUAUUGCCAUUGUUCAAACGUAUCGAAGCAGCAAAUCUUGAAGGUUUUGAAUAUUCAGAUUAUCACAAUACAACUGGACCACUUAGUGUUGAAGCUGUUUCAUUUCGAACUGAAAUUGUUCAUGCUUAUGUGAAUGGUGCUCAACAAGCUGGUUAUCGAUUGAAUGAUUAUAAUGGUCAAUCACAAAUUGGUGUGUCGUUUGUUCAAGCUAGUACUUUAAAUGGCCAUCGACAUAGUGCUUCGAAGGCUUAUUUGGAGCCAGUUAAGAAGAAACGAAAAAAUCUUCACGUAUUGACAUUUGCACUGGUAACCAAGAUUCUUAUUGAUCCAAAGACAAAUUCAGCUUAUGGAGUUGAAUUUCUUCACAAAGAACGAAAAUAUACAAUUCGAGGUAGAAAAGAGGUGAUUCUUUCAGCUGGAGCUUUCAAUUCUCCGCAGUUACUUAUGUUGUCCGGAAUCGGUCCUAAAGAAGUUCUUUCUCCAAUCGGAAUACCGCAAAUCAAAGAAUUACCAGUUGGUAAACGUUUAUUCGAUCAUAUGAGUUUUGUUGGUCCUCUAUUUACAGUCAAUACAACAAAACAAACUCUAUUUUUAAACCGUAUAACUCCUGUGGAUCUUGUUAAAUUUAAAACCGGUGAUGGUUCUACAAUCCUCUCAUCAAUUGGAGGUGUUGAAGCAUUGACAUUUAUCAAAACACCAAAUUCCAAUGAACCAGCUGAUUUUCCAGAUGUUGAAUUGAUACUGAUUUCAACCAGUUUAGCUGGUGAUUAUGGAACAGGUUUUAAAGAAGGUGCUAAUUUUCGUGACGACAUUUAUGACAAAAUGUUUAAACCUCUUGAAAAUAAGGAACAUUUUGGAUUUCUAAUUACACAUUUCCAUCCACAAUCUAUGGGUCGUUUGUGGUUAAAAAAUAAUAAUCCAAAAAUACCACCAAUAAUUGAUCCGCAAUUUUUUGAAAUACCAGAAGAUGUUGAAUAUAUACUUGAAGGUGUCAAAGAAGCUAUUCGUAUAACAAAGACUUCAGCAAUGCAAAAAAUUGGUGCAACUUUGUAUAGAAUUCCAACACCAGGAUGUGAAAGUAUUACUUUUGCAUCGGAUGAUUAUUGGAGAUGCUCGAUUAGAACCUUAUCGUAUACAUUGCAUCAUCAAGUGGCAACAUGUAAAAUGGGACCCCAGAGUGACCCAACAUCGGUUGUAAGUCCUCAGUUGAAGGUGCAUGGGAUAAGAAAGUUGAGAGUUGUUGAUACUUCGAUUAUACCAUUUCCACCAACGUGUCAUGUUAAUGCUGCUUCUUUUAUGAUUGGAGAAAAAGCUUACGAUAUGAUUAGGGAUGAGUGGUCCGGCAGAUGAAUUGAAGUGUUGUUGUUUAUUUAUUCCUUUAAAUAAGAAAGAA